CUUUCCUGAUCCUGAGUCCAGAAUCCGGUAGCAGAAGACGGACCCUUUCAAAAGAGCUCUUCCAGGGAGAAUCCCAGCAUUUGCCACAGCCUCGUUAUCCAACAUGUCGGGGAUCUUGGGCAAGAUGAGGAAGCUUGGGAGCACAGAUCUGGAGGAUUCUGACACGAUGGACGAUCACCUGGAGGGAGAGGAGUCUGCCGGGGGGACGCCCAACAGCACCAGGUCGACCAAGCACGGCCUCUUUGCAAGGCGGGCGCGGUUCGGGAUCGGAGACGGCGACAAGGACAUGGCGCCCAUGGACUCCUUCUACCAGAUGGACCACAGGGUCUCCAACCCCAUCAUCAAGUUCAGCCUCAGCCUGGAGCAAGGGAGGUGCAGCAACCACUGGCCUAAGCUUCUGUCCACGACCUCUAUCGGGCUGCGCGCUGAGAAACCUUUCAAGAUCUAUGACCGGAGGAGGCUCUUUGACGCGGUGGCCAAGGGCGAUCCGAGCGAGUUGGACGACCUUCUCAUCUACCUUCUAGAGACUCUGAAAACCCUGACCGACGAGGAGUUCAAAGAGCCGGAUACUGGGAAGACAUGCUUGUUGAAAGCCAUGCUCAACCUCCACAAUGGCCGCAAUGACACCAUCCCGCUCUUGCUGGAGAUUGCAGAGAAGACGGACAACCUGAAGGAGUUUCUUAAUGCAGAGUACACAGACAGCUACUACAAGGGUCAAACUGCACUCCACAUUGCCAUCGAGAGACGAAACAUUUACCUGGUAAACCUCCUGGUGAAGAAUGGUGCCGACGUUCACGCAAGAGCCCACGGGGAGUUCUUCCAAAAAAUCAGCGGGAGGCCUGGGUUUUAUUUCGGUGAGCUUCCUCUCUCUCUGGCUGCCUGCACCAACCAGCUCAACAUUGUGAAAUAUCUCCUGAAGAAUCCAUACCACCCAGCUGACAUUGCCGCCCAGGACUCCAUGGGCAACACCGUCCUCCACGCCUUGGUGGAGAUCACCGACAACACAGAAGACAACACCAAGUUUGUCACCAAGAUGUACAAUGAAAUCCUCAUCCUGGGAGCCAAGAUCAACCCCACCCUCAAGUUGGAAGAGAUCACCAACCGCAGAGGGCUGACACCUCUGACCCUUGCGGCCAAGACUGGGAAGAUACAGGUCUUUGCGUACAUCCUCAGACGGGAGAUGAAGGAGCCAGAGUGUCGCCACCUGUCCCGGAAGUUCACGGAAUGGGCGUACGGACCUGUCCACUCGUCGCUCUAUGACCUUUCCAGCAUUGACACCUGUGAGAAAAACUCAGUCCUGGAGAUCAUUGCGUACAGUAGCGAGACGCCGAACCGUCAUGAAAUGCUCCUGGUGGAACCUCUCAACCAGCUCCUGCAGGACAAGUGGGACCGCUUCGUCAAGCACCUCUUCUACUUCAACUUCAUCGUUUACACCACCCACAUCCUCAUCUUCACUCUGGCGGCCUAUUACAGACCAACACAAAAGAGCAGGACGCCUCCCUUUGCCUUUCAUCACAUGACCAGCGAGUAUUUGCGAGUCACCGGGGAGAUGCUGAGUGUCCUGGGGGGCGCCUAUUUCUUCUUCAGAGGGAUCAAGUAUUUCAAGCAACGACGGCCAUCGCUGAAGGCAAUCUUUAUGGACAGCUACAGUGAACUCCUUUUCUUCAUCCACUCCGUCCUGCUCCUGGGUGCAGCGGUCCUGUAUUUCUGCAGACAAGAGUUCUACAUCGUCUUCAUGGUCUUCGCCUUGGCGCUGGGCUGGACCAACCUGCUGUACUACACCCGAGGCUUCCAGCAGAUGGGGAUCUACUCAGUCAUGCUGGAAAAGAUGAUGUUGAGAGACCUGUGUCGUUUUAUCGUCGUCUUCCUGCUUUUCCAUUUGGGCUUUUCGACAGCUGUGGUGACCCUCAUUGAGGAAGACGACGAGGGAAGAGCACUGAAUCAGAGCCACCACCUCUGUCCGUGGCAAGCAAAGUGCCGCCCGUCCUACAAUAACCUCUUCUCCACUUGCUUGGAACUUUUCAAGUUCACCAUUGGGAUGGGCGACUUGGAGUUCACAGAGAAUUACCACUUCAGGUGGGUCUUCAUCGUGCUGCUGGUGACCUACGUGAUCCUCACUUACAUCCUCCUCCUCAAUAUGCUCAUCGCCCUGAUGGGAGAAACCAUCAACAAGAUUUCGCAGGAGAGCAAAAGCAUCUGGAAGCUCCAGCGGGCCAUUACCAUCUUGAACAUCGAAAACAGCUACUGGAACUGCAUCAUCAACUCCUUCCGAUCCGGGAAACAAGUUCUCUUGGGGACUACCCCAGACGGGAAGAACGAUUACCGCUGGUGCUUUAGGGUGGAUGAGGUAAACUGGUCCACAUGGAACACAAAUCUCGGGAUCAUCAAUGAAGACCCUGGUGGAUACGAUGAGGAGUUGAAACGGAACCUGAGUUGUUAUUUCAAGUCUGGGAGAGUUUCAGGGAAAAACUGGAAGACUUUGAUGCCGAUCUUGAGAGAUGGAAAACGAGAGGGGUCGCUCAAGCCCGUUUCGGAAGACGACGCGGAUUCAGAAGAGCCAGCCGUCCGGAAGAAAUCUCUCCCCAACCCUGCCUUGUGAUUUUUGGAAGCUGCUGCAUCAGUGGAAGACUCCCCCCC